CAGGAUGUUGAGACCAUGAAGUGCAGCUAUGAGUUCAUCGGCUUUAUUUAAAGGAAGACUUGAUUUCAAGAACACGAUUCAUCUAUCUGAACCAGAACCUGAUUCAGAACUGGGUUCAGAACUGGAUUCUAACACUCAGUGUGAGCCCAGCUGUUUGUCCUUGAGGAGCAAUCAUUCAAAGGCUGAACCUCUUCUGUUUACCGGAGGACUCUACACAUCUAAAAAAGGUUUACCGGUUCAAUCAGACAGCUUUAAUAUCAGGACCUUUCAUGGACCAGAAUCAUGUGAGCUGGAACCUCGCUUUGAAGCUGAAGCCAGGGGAUUGUUCUUAAAGAGCAACCAAACGGAGGCUGAGUAUCUUCUGAAAGAAUGUCAUCCAUAUCUGUACCUGAGAGUGGACCAGCAGACCUCUAAGGGUCCGAGUACUGAGUCUGCCCAGCAGCAUCAAUCCCAGCUGGACUCCAUUUUUAUGCUGCUGGAGGACAACAUGCUCACUUUUGUGAAGAACGAGCUGAAGAAGAUCCAGAAGAUUCUGAGUCCAGACUACCCAGAAUGCUCAGAGAGCCAGGGUGACGAUGAGGUGUUGGAGGGUGAGGAUGAAGAACAGAAGAGGAGCACAGAGUCACUGAUGAAGGUCACAGUUUACUUCCUGAGGAGGAUGAAGCAGGAUGAGCUGGCUGAGCGUCUGCAGAGAAAAUCUCCUUCCAUGUGUCAGUGUGUUUUCAAACAAAACCUGAAGCAGAAAUUCGAACGUGUGUGCGAGGGGAUCACUAAAGCAGGGCACCCAACCCUUUUGAAUCAGAUCUACACAGAGCUCUACAUCACAGAGGGAGGGACUGGAGAUGUCAAUGAUGAACAUGAGGUCAGACAGAUUGAAACAGCAUCCAGGAAACCACACAGACCAGAAACAAGCAUCAGACAAGAAGACAUCUUUAAACUCCCACCUGGAAGAAAUGAACCAAUCAGAACAGUCCUGACAAAGGGAGUAGCUGGUAUUGGAAAAACAGUCUUAACACAGAAGUUCACUCUGGACUGGGCUGAAGACAGAACCAACCAGGACUUUCACUUCUUGUUUCCAUUCACUUUCAGAGAGCUGAAUGUGCUGAAAGAGAAAAAGUUCAGUCUGGUGGAACUUCUUCAUCACUUUUUUACUGAAACCAAAGAAAUGUGCAGCUUUGAAGGCUUCCAGCUGGUCUUCAUCUUUGAUGGUCUGGAUGAAUGUCGACUUCCUCUGGACUUCCACAGGAACCAGGUCCUGACUGAUGUCACAGAGUCCACCUCAGUGGAUGUUCUGCUGACAAACCUGAUCAGGGGGAACCUGCUUCCCUCUGCUCGCCUCUGGAUAACCACAAGACCUGCAGCAGCCAAUCAGAUCCCUGCUGACUGUGUUGGCAUGGUGACAGAGGUCAGAGGCUUCACUGACCCACAGAAGGARGAGUACUUCAGGAAGAGGUUCAGAGAUGAGGAGCAGGUCAGCAGGAUCAUCUCCCACAUCAAGAUCUCACGAAGCCUCCACAUCAUGUGCCACAUCCCAGUCUUCUGCUGGAUCACUGCUACAGUUCUGGACCAUGUGUUGAAGAGUAGAGAGGGAGGAGACCUGCCCAACACCCUGACUGAGAUGUACAUCCACUUCCUGCUGGUUCAGACCAAAGUCAAGAAGCUCAAGUAUGAUGGGGGAGCUGAGACAGAUCCAGACUGGAGUCCAGAGACCAGGAAGAUGAUUGAGUCUCUGGGAAAACUGGCUUUUGAUCAACUUCAGAAAGGAAACCUGAUCUUCUAUGAAUCAGACCUGACAGAGUGUGGCAUCAACAUCAGAGCAGCCUCAGUGUACUCAGGAGUGUUCACCCAGAUCUUUAAAGAAGAGAGAGGACUGUACCAGAACCGGGUGUUCUGCUUCGUCCAUCUGAGUGUUCAGGAGUUUCUGGCUGCUCUUCAUGUCCACUUGACCUUUGUCAACUCUGGUUUAAAUCUACUCAAAGAACAAAAAUCAUCUUCUAAAAAUUCUGAAACAAGCAAUGAUGAACCAGCAAUGGUAAAUCUAUACGAGACUGCUGUAGACAAGGCCUUACAGAGUCAAAAUGGACACCUUGACUUGUUCCUCCGGUUCCUCUUGGGUCUUUCACUGCAGACCAAUCAGACUUUCCUACGAGGCCUACUGACACAGACAGGAAGUGUCUCACAGACCAAUCAGGAAACAAUCCAGUACAUCAAGAAGAAGAUCAGUGAGAAUCAGUCUGUAGAGAAAAGCAUCAAUCUGUUCCACUGUCUGAAUGAACUGAAUGAUCAUUCUCUAGUGAAGGAGAUCCAACAGUCUYUGAGKUCAGGAAAGCUCUCCACAGAUAAACUGUCUCCUGCUCAGUGGUCAGCUCUGGCCUUCAUCUUGCUCUCAUCAGAAAAAGAUCUGGAUGUGUUUGACCUAAAGAAAUACUCUGCUUCAGAGGAAGCUCUUCUGAGGCUGUUGCCWGUGAUCAAAGCCUCUAAGAAAGCUUUGCUUAGUGGAUGUAACCUUUCAGUCAAAAGCUGUGAAGCUCUGGCCUUAGUUCUUUGCUCACAGUCCUCUAGCUUAAAAGAGCUGGACUUAAGUAAUAAUGACCUGCAAGACUCAGGAGUGAAGCACUUGUCUGCUGGACUGGAAAGCUCAUAUUGUAAACUGGAAAUACUCAGGCUUUCGGGCUGUCUGAUCACAGAGCAAGGUUGUGCUUCUCUUGCAUCAGCUCUGAAGUCCAACCCCUCCUAUAUGAGAGAGCUGGACCUGAGCUACAAUCAUCCUGGAGACUCAGGAGUGAAGCUGCUGUCAGCUGGUUUGGAGACUCCUCAGUGGAGACUCAACACUCUCAGAGCUGACGCUGGUGAAGCCCAUUGGUUGAAGCCAAGUUUGAGGAAAUAUUUCUGUGAACUCACUCUGGAUCCAAACACGGCUCACAAGUUCCUCAAGCUGUCUGAAAACAACAAAAAGGUGACGGACCUGAGGAAGGAGCACCCGUACCCGGAUCACCCGGACAGAUUUGAUUACUGGCCUCAGGUCCUGUGUGAACAAGGGCUGGCUGGUCGCUGUUACUGGGAGGUGGAAUGGGUCGGAAAGGUUUACGUUGCGGUGAGCUACAGGGAAAUCGGGAGGAACGGAGAUGGCGACGGAUCCAAGUUUGGAGGGAACGAGCAUUCGUGGUGUCUGGCCUGCACCGAUAAGGGAUAUAACGUCUGGCACAACAACAGCGGGACGCUCGUCCCUCUUCCUGCCUCCUGCUCCAUCUCGAGCAGAGUGGGAAUCUAUGUGGACUGUCCUGCUGGUGUUCUGUCCUUCUACAGAGUCUGCUCUGACUCUCUGAACCAUCUCCACACCUUCAACACCACAUUCACUCAAACUCUGUAUCCUGGGUUUGGUUAUGGAGUUAAAUAUAAUUCUUCUGCAUUUUUGUGUCAGCUCUGAACCACAAUCACAGCC